AUGGCCCUCUACGUUGAUCACCGCAUAGAAGCCCCCGACUCAACCGGCUCACCUUCCCACAUGAGCUGGCACCCUGUCCACCCCUUGCUGGCGGUGGCCUCGGUCAGCGCCAUCUCGGGAGGUGGCGUGGGCAUCUACCUGGAGCAAGGAGAGCAUGUACCCGACACGCACAUCGAGCGACCGAGCCGAGUGACAUCCCUCUGCUGGCACCCGACGCGGCUGGUCCUGGCCAUCGGCUGGGAGACGGGGGAGGUGAUCACGUUCAACAAGCAGGACAAGGAGCAGCACACUGUGCCCCUGAUGCACGACACUGAGGUCACCGUCCUCUCCUGGAGCCCCAGCGGGACCUGCCUGGUGUCCGGGGACAGUCUCGGGGUGCUGCUGCUGUGGCGGCUGGACCAACGAGGCCGGGCACAAGGGACCCCAUUGCUGAAACAGGAGUAUGAACAGCACCUGACACACUGCAUCUUCCGGCUGCCCCCUCCUGGCGAGGACCUGGUGCAGUUGGCCAAGGCCGCCGUGAGUGGUGAUGAGAAGGCACUGGACAUGUUCAACUGGAGGAAGAGCAGCUUUGGAAGCUUCCUGAGAACAGGGCCUCAGAAGGGGCUGUCGUUCUUCAUCAGCUUGGUGGAUGGUACCGUGCAUUUCGUGGAUGAGAGGGGUAAGACGGUCUGUGUGGCGUCCGCCGACGGUCCUGUCCAGACGCUGUUCUACAUAGAGAAGAGGGAGGCGCUGGUGGUGGUGACAGAGACCCUGGUCCUGUCUCUGUCCACGGUGACGUCUGAAGGCGAGGCCCAGGAGGUCAUGAAGGUCAAGCUGAGUGGGAAGACAGGCUGCCGGGCCGACAUCGCUCUCAUUGAGGGCAGCCUGCUGGUCAUGGCCAUUGGGGAGACAGUGCUCAGGUUUUGGGACUUAGAACGAGGCGAGCACUACAUCCUGAGUCCAGAGGAGAAGUUUGGUUUUGAAAAAGGAGAGAAUCUGAACUGUGUCUCCUACUGCAAAGCCAAAGGUCUCCUGGCAGCCGGCACCGACAGAGGGCGUGUCACCAUGUGGCGGAAAGCACCAGGCCCCCAGAGCAGCCAUGGGGCAGAGGGCAAGGACGAGUGGGCCCUGCAGACCCCGACCGAGCUGGAAGGGAACAUCACAGAGAUCAAGGACGCUGUUGCCGUCUGGAACGGGAAGCAGGUGAUGGUCUUUGAGCCUUUGGGAGCCACGCUGCGAAACGCGGGCACCUUCCUGUGCGAGUCCCCAGUGUUGGCCAUGCACGAGGAGAGCCUCUACACUGUGGAGCCAAACCGGGUCCAAGUGCGCACCUGGCAGGGCACCGUCAAGCAGCUCCUGCUCUUCUCCGAGGCCGAGGGCAGCCCCUGCUUCCUGGACGUGUGUGGGAGCUACCUGGUCGUGGGGACAGACACGGCUCACUUCAAAACCUUCAAUCUUUCCCGAAGAGAGGCCAAGGUGCACUGCAGCUGCAAGAACCUGGCCGAGCUGCUCCCGGGCGCUGGGGGCAUCGCCUCUCUGCGCUGUAACGCCAAUGGGAACAAGAUCAGCCUCCUCCUCACCAAGGCCGAUGGCAGCCCUGACUCCAGGAUCUGCUUCUAUGACGUGGAACUAGACACAGUGACCACCAUGGACGUCGGGACCGGGGAGGUCAACCAGCGAGAGAUACUGUCCUUUAAUGGGCAAGGGACCAGGUAGACCAGCAUCUCUGUGGACGAGAACCUGGUGAACCGUGUCCCUGUGAGUCACUUCUGGGCCCAGACUGAGCCACGGCUGUUUGUGUGUGAGCUUGUCCCCGAGGUGCCCAGGACCCAGCUGCCGUCUGCAGAGAGACAGUUCCCCACCGAUGAGGACACCGACCCUAUGGCGGAUUGCACGGUGCUGUCAUUCUUCGUCUCCGACGAGCACGGCCUCCUGCUGCAGGACAGCUUCCCCCGGCCGGCCGCCUUCCAGACGCUCCUGGGCAUCGAGGUGCCCCACUACUACUUCGCAAGAAAGCCUGGGGAAGUGGACAAGGAGGACCAUGCGGACACUGCCCAUCACCAGACCCCCCAGAUGGUGGGCAGGAGGCCCCUCCGAGAUUUCGUGGGGCUCGAGGACUGCGACCGGCCCACGAGGGACGCCAUGCUCAACUUCAGCUUCUUCAUUGCCGUCGGGGACAUGGACGAGGCCUUCAGAUCCAUCAAGUUCAUCAAGAGCGAGGCCGUCUGGGAGAACAUGGCACGUAUGUGUGUGAAGACCCAGCGGCUGGAUGUGGCCCGCGUGUGCCUGGGGAACAUGGGCCAUGCCCGUGGAGCGCGUGCCCUGAGGGAGGCUGAGCAGGAACCCGAGAUGGAGGCCCGUGUGGCCAUGCUGGCCGUGCAGCUGGGCAUGCUGGAGGAUGCUGAGCGGCUUUACAAGAAGUGCAGACGCUACGACCUCCUCAACAGGUUCUACCAGGCUGCGGGCCAGUGGCAGAAGGCCAUAGACGUGGCCGAGCAGCACGACCGUGUGCACCUGCGCACCACCUACUACAACUACGCCAGGCACCUGGAGGCCAGCUCCGACUGCAGCCUCGCCCUCAGCUACUACGAGAAGUCAGACACCCACCGCUUCGAGGCUCCCCGGAUGCUGGCAGAUGACCUGCAGUCCCUGGAACUGUACAUCAACAAAAUGCAGGACAGGACCCUGUGGCGGUGGUGGGCGCAGUACCUGGAGAGCCAGGGAGAGAUGGAGGUGGCCCUGCACUACUACGAGCUGGCGCAGGACCACUUCUCCCUAGUGCGCAUCCACUGCUUCCAGGGCAACGCCCAAAAGGCAGCCGAGAUCGCCAACGAGACGGGAAACUGGGCAGCGGCCUACCACCUGGCGAGGCAGUGUGAGAGUCAGGAGGAAGUGCUGCAGGCCGUGCACUUCUACACGCGUGCGCAGGCCUUCAACAACGCCAUCCGUCUCUGCAAGGAGAACGGCCUGGAUGAGCAGCUCAUGAACCUGGCCCUGCUGAGCUCCUCAGAGGACAUGACCGAGGCAGCACGCUACUACGAGGGGAAGGGGGAGCAGAUGGACCGGGCGGUCCUGCUGUACCACAAGGCCGGUCACCUCUCCAAGGCCCUGGAGCUGGCCUUCGUCACCCAGCAGUUUGUGGCCCUGCAGCUCAUUGCUGAGGACUUGGACGAGAACUCAGAUCCUGCACUGCUGGCCCGCUGCUCGGACUUCUUCAUUGAGCACGGCCAGUACGAGAAGGCCGUGGAGCUGCUCCUGGCUGCCAAGAAGUACCAGGAGGCCCUGGAGCUUUGCCUGGAGCAGAACAUGACAAUCACCGAAGAGAUGGCCGACAAGAUGACCGUCCCCAAAGACUCCACGGAGCUGUCGGAGGCCGCGCGCCGGGAGCUGUUGGAGCAGAUUGCCGCCUGCUGCAUGCGCCAGGGCAGCUACCACCUGGCCACCAAGAAGUACACGCAGGCCGGGGACAAGCUGAAGGCCAUGAGGGCCCUGCUCAAGUCGGGGGACACGGAGAAGAUCAUGUUCUUUGCGGGCGUGUCCCGCCAGAAGGAAGUCUACAUCAUGGCAGCCAACUACCUGCAGUCGCUGGACUGGCGGAAGGAGCCAGAUAUCAUGAGGGGCAUCAUCAGCUUCUACACCAAGGGCCGUGCCCUAGACCUGCUGGCCGCCUUCUACGCCGCCUGCGCCCAGGUGGAGAUCGACGAAUACCAGAACUAUGACAAGGCCCACGGGGCGCUGACCGAGGCCUACAAGUGCCUGUCCAAGGCCAAGGCCGCAAGCCCCCUGGACCAGGAGGCCCAGCUGGCCCAGCUGCAGGCCAAGAUGGCGCUGGUGAGGAGGUUCAUCCAGGCCCGUAGGACGUACCCCGAGGACCCUAAGGAGGCCGUGCGGCAGUGCGAGCUGCUGCUGGAGGAGCCGGGCCUGGACAGCGCCGUCCGCGUCGGGGACGUCCACGCCUUCUUGGUGGAGCACUUUCUGCAGCUCGGGGAGCACCAGGCGGCCUACAAGCACCUGCAGGAGAUGCGGGAACGGCUCCCAGCGGCCCACAUGUCGUACUACGUGAGCCAGCGCACUGUUGACGCCAUACACCAGGGCCUGGGCAUCCCCCUGGCACACCUGGAGCCCGAGCGCGUCCGCCACAACAGUGCUGAGGACGCCCGCGACGGGGACGAGGAGGUGCUGGAGGAGGUGGACAGUGAGCCCUGA